AUGGCUGCUGGAAUUGACAGUUUUCUAUUUCUUAUCUGCGGAUCAGCUGCAAUGGUCAUGUGUCACUCAAGCGAGUCUUUUAAACUAAACAAGGAACAUCUUAAUAAAGCUCUGAUUGGUCACUCGGUCUUGAAAAUAAAUGGCUCUAGUCAUCAUGAAUGCGCUCGGAAUUGUAUGUUCCUGGCAAUAUGUAAAUCUAUAGAUUACGACAGGAAGGAAAGCACGUGCAAACUGAACGAUGUCAAAAGUUCCUCGGUUGAUCCUUUUGAAUUCGAGACCAAAAUAGGUUCUAUUUUCUCGGACAUAAGCGAAUGGCCAUCGACGAUGAUGGGAGCUUGUCAGUCAAAUCCUUGUCAAAUGAACCAAAGAUGUUAUGAAAAUGAUGGGUCAUACUUGUGCAGAGAUUUAUUCACUUGCAGUUUUGGUAAAGAAAUAGACAAUGGUAAAUUAGAGAUCAUUGCAAGAGGCGUACACAAGUUCAUGGACGUAGCAAUGGUAAAAUUCACAGACUGUAAAGAUAUUCGUGAUGAAUUCCCUGAAGCACAAAGUGGGUUAUAUGAUAUAGUACUAUGGCAAUCUGGAACGAUUCUGACAGUGAAUUGUGACAUGGAAACCGCAGGAGGCGGCUGGACAAUAUUUCAUAGGCGUUUUGACGGAUCAGUUGAGUUUUAUCGGAAUUUCACGGAUUAUGAAAAUGGUUUUGGAAACGCUGACGGUGAAUUUUGGCUAGGUCUAAAGUACAUACAGGAACUAACCGGGCAAGGUCCAACAGAGCUUCGAGUUGACAUGACAACAGAAACUGGUUUUACAGGACACGAGACCUUCCAAGACUUCAAGUUAACAGACGGCACAAAGUAUCAGUUGAACCUAGGUUCUCGCACUGCAAUAGGUGUUGACUCUGAAGAAAAAGGAUUGAAGUAUCACAAUCUAAGGCCUUUUUCAACUUUUGACCGUGACCUUGAUUCCGUUGUACAAAAUUGUGCCGUUGAGCGUCACGGUGCAUGGUGGUAUAAAAACUGCGGCUAUGUAAAUCUGAAUGGAUAUUACGCAAAACCGGGAGCAACAUGCAAUAUUACUGGUGCUGCAAAGAAUGUUUGCGGACACGUUCAUGUCGGCUUUAAUAAUGCACUUGCAUUGAAAAGAUCUGCAAUGAUGUUGAGGAAGGUGUAAGGAUCAAACGAUUAUUAAGAUCACUAUAAAACAAAGACGCACUCUAAUUCAAUUACAGAGUUUAUAGUUUAAGUUAUUUCAGUGUUAAAAAAUAGUAAUGUAUUGUAUUUAAGAUUUGAUUGAUUGAAUGCCGGAUAGUGAUAUGUAUAAGACCACCUUUGUAUUGUCUGAAAUAAUAUUGUAUAUAUGACAUGUGGUUGUUUUAUACUCUCACCAGUCUAUUUCAUUUAUUGAUACGCGUUACCGUUUAUCAUAUUCAUGCAUUUUUAUAUUAGUUGUAUAUAUGAAGUUGAGCUGUAUAUGCUUAAAAACUACACUUAAAUAUAUAUUUUAUGUUAUUUUAGGAAAUACUGUCGAUAAUUCAGUUGAUAUGAAAUUUAUAUGUUAACUUUUUCUUUAGCGUGUGUACACAAUAAGUUUUUAUUGAAUUGUAAGACAGAAAGACAUGUUUAGAUCUUAUAUGUUUGUUUUAAAUGUGUGAUUAUAUGUAAUACUAUUUUAUCUUUCGUUUUAUUAUGGAAUAUGUAUAAGACAUUAAGAAAGUGUACAGCUUUUGAGAUAAAGCGUGUAACAAUGCAUUGGCAAUAAUUAUUAAUGAAAAAAAUAAUGCAACAGAAUAGAGGGUACGCAAGUUUUUUCCAAACAUACAAAAUUUAUUUUCAUCGAGUGGUAUGAAAAUAAAUAUUUCAUUAGUGGCUGUAACCACGAGUGUUAUAUGAUGAUUUUCAUACAAAAAGAUGAAAAAGUACGUUUAUUUUAUAGAAAAUACUUGAAUAUAUUUUGUUUUUCUUUUUUGACAUUACAAUCUGAGAUAAUUUCCCUAUAAUGUUGUGUAUUGCUACAUUUGGAAUAAAGUGGUUCAGCAAAACACGAGUAUAAAAUACGGAAAAAAUGUUUCACAACAGUGAAAAAUAUGUUUUUAGAAUUUUAACUAUGGAAAAUGAGAAUAUGCAUUGCAUUCCAUCAUUUUUUCUCAAUAUUUUAUUUAUAAGUAUAUGAGAAAUGAAAAUAAUUAAAAUAAAUAUAAAAUGAUAAAAUGAAGCUAAAAUGA